GCCAGCGUCUCGAGGGCUCCGUCAUUGUUCUCAUGACCGAUGGCGAAGAGAACGGGAAGCCGGACAUCGACAGCGUCAUGGAGGAUCUGAUCGCCGCUCAGGUAGUGGUCAACACCAUCGCCCUCGGCUCGGACGCUGACGACAAGCUGGAGGAGGUGGCACUGCGCACCGGAGGCAAGCCGUUCGCUCUCCGCGACGGCGAGUCCAGCGUUCCGGUCGCCAUAGAAUCCGCUUUCCUGGACUCGGCCCUCGCCCUGCUGGACGAGUCCAAGAGGCCCAUCGUGAUCUUCGACCAAGAGGCGAGAGUGGCCGGCGUGGAGAUGUUCCCGAUCCUCGUUGAUUCGGCGUUGGGCAAAGAGACCGCGGUAGUACUGCAGUCCAACGAGACGUCCGAGCUCACAGCAUACGUGCUCUACCCGGACUACAACAAAUGCGAGGAAUGCGUGGCGUCUGAGCCCGCGGUGUCGGGAAAAUACGUGACCUUCAAGAUACCCGGCGUGGCCAUGCCCGGUAGCUGGACGCUAGUCGUGAAGCGAAGACCCCCCAGACGAGACGUAAGAGUUCACGUUCGUGCCACGUCACGGGCGAAGGGUCCCGACGAGACGCCCGUGACCGUGCGAGCAUUCCUCAAACGAACGGAGGUGAGCAGAGCGUCCGAGGCCGCCGUCUACGCCGAGGUAGGCAAGGGCGAGCAGUUUGUGCUGCACGCCAAGGUAACGGCCAGCGUUACUCGACCGAACGGAGGCGAAGCUGUGGAAAUGGAGUUAUUCGACAACGGUCUCGGCGCCGACGUGACGGCCAACGACGGCAUCUACAGUGACUACUUCACACGUUUCGACGGCGUCGGACGCUACUCCGUGUCGACUCGUGUGGUCAGCGGAAACAAUACGGUCAUCGUCGAGGGACGCCAGGCUUCUGGAGGACUGCCCGCUCCACAGCUGUCAGCUCCUCCCAGUGGCGAAACGUCAGAAUCAACCGGCGAGGUCAACGGGGUUCUCCUAGACCGCUUCGUCUACGUGGACCAAGACAUCGAAGAGGCCGAACCGAGGGCCUUGCGCACCAAAAUGGCGCCCGAGUUCGCUCGCUACGCCGAGGGAGGAUCUUUCCGGCUCACCAGGAGCAUUGACAGCUCAACUAUCCCACCGGACUCGAUAGAGGACCUGAAAGUCGAGGACGCGUACGUGGACGAGAACGGCACGCACGUCGUCAUCCUGACGUGGACCUGCCCGGGAGCCCACAUGGACACUGACAACGCGUCUCAAGUCGAGCUCAGAGGAAGCAUACGUUUCGCCGACGUCACCAGGAACUUUGACUCGGCGUUCGCGGUUCCCGAAGGUCAGGUGGUGGACGGCAAGAUACCAGCGGGUGCAGUCGGUACCAUGCAGCGACUUCGGUUCCGUCUUCCGGACGCCCUGCUUUCCGCCGCUAAGAACGACUCGCGCCACGACUUCUAUUUCGCUGCCAGGGUCUGGAACGUCGACAAGCUGUCCUCGCCGGUGUCCAACGUCGCGAGGGUCACUUUCGAACGACCCCCACUGCACGCGAAGUCUUCGGUGAAUGGAACGCCGUGGUGGGUCAUCGUCUUCAGCGUCCUGGCAGCGGUAUUCGGUGUCGUCGCGCUCUUUGUCGUAGCGCGUAAGAUCGCUAGAUGGCGCAAGAGGGGCGACAGCGUCUCCUCAUUUUAUGGUUAGGCAGAACGACGCGUUGAUGCUGCGUUAAUCUUACUGAGGCGAAAGCCUUACAUGUCUCUCAUAAUGCUACUCAGGGCGAACACUAUAGACACAGGACAGGCGAGAUAACAAAGACGCAGCGCCAACUAGCAAGCUUGUUCGAACUUGCCCAGCUAGCAACCUUGUUGAUUUAUAUGUAUCGUAUGAGUCAAGUGAGGCUCUCGACGUCUGGUGAGACCUGACGAUACAUCGCGAGACCUUGUCGGCGGCGUCGACGUCAACACGAAUCAUGCAAAACAAACAAACAAACGAAGUAAUGAAAGCCUGUUAAAAAUCACGUGAUACUCAAGUGAAUAUGCUUGUGAGUGCAGUAGGCUUAGCAAAAGUCACAUGACCUCAGCUUAACAUGACGACACCACUGACAUCACCCGGUGACGUCAUCAUAAUGUCACAUAUCGCCAAAUUUUGUGAGGUCAUGAUGACAUCACAACGUGACGUCACAUGACGUCGUCAGCGUACGACG